CUCUGCAAAUAAAGUCGCUCUGCAGCGGGAUUUCCGCAGGGCGAAAGUAUCUCAAAGUAACUCGUGAGAAUGUGUGAUUUUUUUUGAAGGAGUGCGACAACACUUUUAAUUAUUUUAUCGUAUCUCUUUCUUUUUCAUUUGGUAUUCUCUCCUUGUCUGCUUGGAGCUGCUGUCAGCAUUUUUGGACGGUGCCGACCGGCGACCAUGCUCGAGUCCUGGAUCAAGUUAAAUUGUUAGUGUUUUAUUGAGAUUUGUGAGUUUGUACGGCAUCGCAACUUCUCCCGAUGCGACGGUGAAAGCGCUCAGUGUUGGAGGGAUUUUCAUUCCGGUUCUGGAGCAGUUUUGCUGCGGCGUUCCCAUCUAAACCCGCGGCAUUAAAAACACCAAGAACCGGGAAGGAAAGAAGAGGAAAAAACUAGAUUCAGUGAAAAUGUUCUCGGCGUCAUCCAAGUUGCCUUUAAAACAAGAUUCCACAUUCAAUGCAUUUUGGCCUGCCCUUUCCUCACAAUUUGUCUCUUUAUGACCUGUAGGAAAUCUGCACUUUGAAUGGAAGGUCCCUACAACAACAAUUUAUAGAGAGAGAGAAGAGGGGUGAAGGCCAAUAAAAAAAAACACAAUAGGGGAGAAAAGUAGCAGAGAUUUUGCGGUUUCCUCUUUUAUUCUCUUCUCAUUCCUGGACAGACAAGUAAAGCGCCCAUCCCUAUAUGUGGAGGGUGAGAUGAACUCCAGUGGGAAUACUGUAGACCCCACCUGACAGCUCGCCGCCUGAGAAACUGAAGCUUUCACUGGAGCCACCACGUCCACAGAGCUGGAAAAAGAAAAGCACUUGCCUAAAAUCCACCGGUAAUGCUCAGUUUUUGUUAAAAUAUUAAAAUAUUUUUUGACUUGCAAAAUUAUGUACUAUCUUUAGUCCUCUGACAUUGUGAACAAAGGAAAACAUAAAAAAUUAAAAAAGGAUACAAUUUACUGAAAACCAAGAAAUGGAAAAACCUAUUUGUCCUUUGGCCCUGACUUCUGAUUCUCUCCUGUCUGAGACUUGCCUGUCCUGCUCCUAGAAUCACCCCCCCCAUUUUCUUUCUUUGCCCCACACAAGUCCUUCUCCACUUUAUCGAUCCAGUAGGCCUAGUUUCUUUAGCUUUCAGUCUGGCCGGCACAACCAUUCCAGCGAAGGGGGAGGAGGACUUUCUCACGCUGGCCGCCUCCCGGCUCAGCCGCAAGAAACGUGUGAUUGGGGCUGGAGUCGGUGUGGCCAUGGUCCUUGUCCUGCUGGUGGCCAUUCCCCUAUUGGUUCACACCACCAAGGGGGGAGGGUCCGGAGGAGGGGGCACGCAUUACGAGAUGCUUGGGAGCUGCAAGAUGGUGUGUGACACUUUCACCCCCCCACAGGGAGAGCUGACAGCCGUCUCCCCUCAGCCCCCAGACUUCUCAAACCGCAGGGGCAAACAGGGGUUCAGAGGAACCCCUGGACUUCCUGGUCCUCCAGGUCCUAAAGGGCCCCCUGGAGAGCCUGGCAAGCCCGGCCCACCUGGUCCACCGGGGCCUGGACCCGGAGGCUACGGGCAAUCCUUCUACAGUCCCAAAAUUGCCUUUUACGCAGGCCUCAGAAAACAACAUGAAGGGAGUGAAAUACUGAAGUUUGAUGACGUGGUCACCAACGUAGGGAACUACUACGAGCCGAGCACCGGCAAGUUCACCUGCCCCUUGCCUGGCAUCUACUACUUCACCUAUCAUGUCCUGAUGAGAGGAGGUGACGGGACGAGCAUGUGGGCUGACUUGAAGAAGAACGGGCAGGUGAGGGCCAGUGCAAUCGCCCAAGAUGCAGAUCAGAACUACGACUAUGCCUCCAACAGUGUCAUCCUGCACCUGGAUGUGGGGGACGAGGUGUGUGUGCAGUUGGAUGGGGGAAAAGUUCACGGCGGGAACACCAACAAAUACAGCACCUUCUCUGGCUUCCUCAUCUACCCUGACUGACAGUAUACUCACAUUUAAAUACUCUCUCUCUCUCUCUGUUAUCAAACAAAACGUUUCCUCUCCUUACCGCAUUUAACACCACCAUGACGCCAUGAUGUAAUUUGUCAUUUCAAUGCUGUUCAAUGAACAAAACAUGUAAUACCAUGAACACAAUUAACAAAUAGAAAAUGAGUGUUAAAAUGAAUAUAGUAUUGUAUAUAUUACCAGUUAAUUUACUUCUGAUACACACUUGUGUGAUCACUAUUCUGUGCCAUGUACAGUAUGUGUAAGCAUGGCUAAAACAAAUGGCUCGCAUCUGUUUCACAUGCACAAUCAGCUUGUACACACGCACACGAGAGGUGCUCACAUGAACUGAACUCUACCUAUCAGUUGUUGAGCUGAGAAAAGAUGACCAUUUCAGCCAUCGGUCUGAAAUCGACUGAGAUGAUCUCUGAAUGUAGACUGUAAAUCGAAGUGCGACUGCAGCUUCUCACCUUCACUGUGAGAGGGAUUUCCAAACGAGAAAACUCAUGAAUAUAUUGAUCGUAGCUGAUAAUACAGCCGACACCAUGAACAUAAUCCAGUGUGUGGUAUGUCUGUGUUCAUGCCUGUGAGCGACCGAACGCGUGUGUUUACCCUUCAGUUUUUGUUGGGGUGUAAAAGCAUCACGUAGCUGUUAGUUUGACUUGCACAGUCUCUGGCUCCUGUUAAGGGAGGAGGUGUCAGGUUGUCGGUAACAGUCCCUUAACACACACAGUAUAUCGAUACUGAGGUUUAGCUUUGAGAUUUUCCCUGAGCCAGAGCUCAUAGCAGAGCCUCAUGAUAUCCUGCUAAUGAGCUGCGGCUUCCUCUGCAGCCUCUUCUGUUAGUCACACUCACAUCUGCCAUCCAGUUUGCUGUACAACUUUGCUGAAAUAGGUUAACCUUGUGGAAAGAAAAGCUUGUUUGUUUUGUUGCCGAGAGUUUGAUGAGAAGACUGACAUCAAUCCAAUUUCUGCCCGUUCACUGGAAAGGCUGAGUUAUAGUAGAAAAAAAGUGGUUUGAUUUCACCAAAUUCAGACAACACCACCAACUAACUGACGCAGACAGAGUUAGACCAGAAACUUCUAUAGGUUCUGCUAGGUAAAAAUAAUGUUUUUAUCUACGAAGUCUUGAAGCUGUGAAGCUUUGAUAGCUGCCUGAGUUCCCCACCAUAAUCAUACAAUAUAUGAGCUGCAAGGUGGCCAGUUAAAGUGCAGAAAAUAUUCUUAAUAUACAUGGUGAGUACACUUAAACUGAUACUAAUGUGCUGUGCUGAUGCCCCUGUCAAAACGGUGGCAUGACCUUCAAUACUAACAAAGCAUCGGAAAGGUAUAAUUAGCUAGCCUGCAAAUUUAACCUGCGUCUGUUGUCAGUUUAAUUCAUGCAACAACAAAAACAUGGAAACAAACAUUUUUAAUGGUGGGGAUAGUGUCUUGUGAGACUUGUGUCUCCUAUAACUCUGCAAAAAACAAAUAAACAAGUGUAAGCUAUUUCUUUAAUUGUACUAGUAAUACACACAUACAAGGUUUGUUUUUUCAAAUGCAGGUGACUGUUGAUGUUAUACUGCCACAUGCCAUACCUAUAGGUUUGCUGUGCCUUACACUAUAUUUUUUCUUCUUAUGCAUGAGAUGUGCAAACUAACAAACAGACAAACACAAAUCUGAUGAUGAUCUCUAAUGAAAACUUCUGCAACAGUCCAUGCAAAUGUUGCCAACAACUUUAAAAAAUGCAGAAGCUAACUGAGGACCAUGAUUGUGAAUAUAUGUAUGUAACUGGAUGUAACUGCUGUAAAUACAAGCCCAAAUGGGGACCAAGCUUUGUUUGGUUUGGUGGGAAACACCUACAGUAUGGGAACAACAGAUGCAUGUCACUGUGAUGUGCAAAGGUGGCAUCCAGUACAUUUAUAAAUAGGUAGAUGUAACCAAAUUAUUAUGUAUAGCAAUUCUAUUUUUUUCCAAAAUAUAAUGCUUAAAUGGGUAUAAUAUAAAACUCCUAUGAACACGUUUAUUGUAGUUUAAGUGCCAUGGAUAAAGUCUUGGCCCAACGAGUGACACAGAUCCAGAUUUGAAGCCCGAUAGCAUGACUGUACCUCAAUGAGAGUUGGAUGUGAGCUUUUCUGAUUAUUCUUGUACUGUGACUGAAAACCCAUCCCAAUGUUGUGUAUUGUACAAAAGACAUUUAUCACGAGUGACUUUGCAUAAUAUGUGUCAUGCUGCAUUCUACUGUGUGUGUUUUCUGGCGCUGUUACCUUUGUUCACGAACAGUGUGGAUCAUUGAUGUUGCUGUACUUUGCAAGCUGAG